AAGCGCUCGGCUGUCCGUGCGGUGAGUGUCUAUGGUGUAGUCCUCCUGUUAGCCGCGGGUCCCGCGGUGUGAGCUGUAAUGAGGCGGUGUGAUGUGUGGAACCGGACGGGCCCGCUGACACUCCGCUCCCUCACCACUUCUUCAUCUUCUUCUUCUUCUUCUUCUUCUUCUUCCCUGCUGAAGAUGGUCGCAGGCGGCUAGUUCCAACUUUGGACUACCUGGUGUCUUUUUUUUUCUCCCCACGGCGAAACGCACAGAAAUCAGUUGAGGGGUCCUGAGAUGACGGAAGUAGAGCCAGUGUUGGACUUUGCCUCCUCGGGACGCUCUGGGAGGAGAAACGCCCUCCCUGACAUCCUGGGCUCUCCGGCAGGUGUAAACCCAGGUGACCUGCCACUGAAGCUGGCUGAGCUGUCUCUCAAAGAUGGUCCAGGAGCAGCCCAGUCCCCUACAUCGGAGGAGCCUCCAGCCCCGCCGCAGAGUUCAGAGGGGAGUGAGGGAUCGUAGGGACUCGUUUAUUUUCCUCCCCCGGAGACCUGCAAAGAUAACCUGAGAGACGAGAUGAGCAAGGACACAGAGGGCACCCUGUGGGAGAGAGAGAGAGAGAGAGUGAUUAUCUGUGGAGAGUCAGUCUGUUUGCGAAAGCAGCUGAGCCACAGAGGGGAGGGUGACGGACCCACUCCCCAAGGACUGGAGCCAGGAGCUUAGGACUGUUUGGCACUCAGCGCUAUCUGAAUCCAGUCAGACGCCAUUUAGUUAUGAGGCAGUGAGUGUGUGUGUGUGUGUAUAAGUGAGUUAAAGACUCGCUGCAGACACUACACUGACAAUCAAAGGGACAAUGACAGAUUGCACACUGUAAACUACUAUUUUUGUAUGAUUUAUUAAAAAAAAAUGGAAGAAAACAUGAACUUACAAAUCAAACAGUACCAUUUCAUGCUGACUUUUGUUUGAAAAGUGAUGUGUGCUAUUUCACUUUGAUAGCAGCCUGUAGCGGUUUGAAGCCUUCUAAAUGGCUCCUGUAACAUAAGAAAACAUUAGAUGUAAGACUCUGGAAAGUCUUUGUUGUCUGCUCACUUAUACUUUGACACUCAAUGUGUAUGAUCUGCUGUAUGAUUUCAAAUCUGAGGCGCUUGUACAUUUAAUCUACAUCGUAAAUGUACAGUUUUUACCCCUCAUCUUUAGACUGUUUUGAUCCAAGCAAACAAUUUCUAGGGAUUUAUUCCAUUUUUUCCAGGUGUCCCAUAUUGACAUGAGAGCGCUGUCUGGAUCUCGUAACAUUCCUUAAGACAAAUGUGACGCACUGCCAGCAGUAGACACUGCGCUAUUAAACACUGAGAUAGUGAUAGAUUUCUUUUUGGAUUUUGGCUCAUGGCUGAGUCCAAGUCUUUUUUAUUUUCCAAACCUUUGAAAAAAAAUGUGCCUCAUGGCAGUUCACAACCAAAAACCAGUGUUGUGUUCUUUCUCUGAUGUACUGUUAUUGACCAUUUUGGGCUAUUGAUGUUUCCUCAGUUUUUAAAGGAGGUAUCACACCACCUCAUACCUGCUUCACUGUAAAUGAUGAUUUUAAAUCAUUCUUUCAGACCUGCAGCUGCAUACCCUACACUCUAUCAGGAAAAGCAUUCAGUUCUGUGCAAGCUUCAGCAGGGCUUUUUUUUUUUUUUACAGCUCAAGGCUUCACGCUUCUUAUAGCAACUGCAGCAUAUGUCGCUGACUGGGGCAUAGGAGGACUCAUCAAACAACACCAUCACUACACACAAUGUGUUUCGAGUGACGACACGCUCUCUGCAAAAGAGGAAAAAAGUCUGUUCACACUCAUCAACACAUACCGCAGAGGUGUGAAUAGGAUGCAAGACGGGGAGCGAAGAACACAUCGAGAGUCCACACAUGUCAGACAUCCACUCACUGCGACUGUAAAUAUAUGAAUUGUUGUCAAAUCCAUAUGUGUCAUACAUGCUGCCUUUACUCAGAUUUAAUCACAAACCGUACCCGCAGAGAAAUGUUCUGUGAUUGUCUCUAUUUGAAGAUGUGUUCCCGGUAGUUGUGUCUGUAUGUGGAUGUGUUUAUCAGAGGCAACCAUGGAAGCCUGGUGUGCCGCUGCCCAGCCUCUUGUUUCUGAUUCAGUACUUUUGCUAACGCUGAUGAGAAAGUCUUCACGGUUUAUCUGGAGCUGGAUAAGCAACACUUUCAUGUGGGGGUCGAUGAAUCACAGGUGUAUUUCGUAGUGUCCUGGAUCUCUUAGUGGUGUGUAUGUUUUACGUAGCUGGACUGAAUCCCUCAUGUUGAGUCCAUCUGGUGGUGAAAAUUGCCGUAUUAAACCCACAAGCUUUACAUUUA